GCACAAACUCUGCAGGAAAGUGGAUCUCGUGGGCCAGAUUUAAGGAUCCCUGGUCUAGGUUCUCUGAAACCCCAAACAGAACAUGACUCGUUUUGAUUGAAGCUUAUAUUGAUCUCUUUAUUAUUUUAUUUGUCAGCAUUGAAGACAUCAUGAUGGGCAUUCACAUCAGAUCUACUUUGCCAGUUUUGGUUCUGUUGUUCUUGCAUCUGGCAGCAGGGCAAGAUGAACUGAUUGUCUCUACUGACAAAGGCAAAGUCAGAGGACUGAGGCUUCCUGUGCCGGGUGGUUCAGAGAAUGUGGUGACCUUCCUCGGGAUCCCCUAUGCCAAGCCUCCAUUGGACCUGCUUCGCUUCAGACGACCAGAGCCUGCUGAGGUGUGGAACGGAAUACGAGAUGCCACACGGUACUCCAAUUCAUGCUUCCAGGAUCAGGAUACAUUGUACCCAGGAUUCCCUGGAGCUGAGAUGUGGAAUCCUAACACCAGAAUUAGCGAAGACUGCCUGUACCUCAAUGUUUGGACUCCUUCAAACGUUUUCCAGAACAGAGCCAAACCCUUAGUCCCAGUUAUGGUGUGGAUCUACGGUGGAGGCUUUUCCACAGGUACUGCAUCCCUGGACGUGUACGAUGGGCGUUUCCUCAGCCAUUCACAACAUGUGGUGGUGGUAUCCAUGAACUAUCGAGUAGGAGCAUUGGGCUUCCUAUCUCUACCUGAAAGUAAGAGCAUUAAAGGUAAUGCUGGUCUAUUUGACCAGCGCCUGGCUCUCAGCUGGAUGUCAAGGAACAUUGAUGCAUUUGGGGGUGAUCCAUCUUCCGUAACCUUGUUUGGGGAGAGUGCUGGUGCUGGCUCUGUGGGACACCAUUUGCUUUCACAGGGCAGCCAUGGACUAUUCACCCACGCAAUUCUCCAGAGUGGCAGUCCCAAUGCUGUGUGGGCGGCAGUGGAGCCAGCUCAGGCCUGGAACCGUUCCUUGACUCUGGCUCAGCUUCUGAACUGCCCUCUUGGACCAUCUGCUGAUGAAAUGGAGGCUUGCUUAAGGGCAGUUGAACCAGAGAAGAUAGUCAGUCUUCAAUUCGAUGUCAUUUCUGAUCCCAUGAUAAUAAGUGUGCCUUUUCCGCCAACAGUGGAUGGAGAAUUUAUUGAGGACAUGCCGAGUGUUUUAAUCCAGUCAGGGCGUUUUCUGAAAACUGAACUACUUUUGGGAUUGAACAGGGAUGAAGGGACUUACUUCCUUGUUUAUGGCGCACCUGGAUUUGGCAUCCAUAACCAGAGUCUUAUCAAUCGAGACCAGUUCCUCACAGGUGUAUACUUGGGCCUCCCUGGUUUCAGUGACAUAGCCAGAGAGGCGGCUGCUUUUCAGUAUACUGAUUGGACAGAUGAGCAGAGCAAGCCAAAAAACAGAGAGGCCCUAGGCUGGUUGGUGGGCGACUCCUAUUUUUCAUGCCCCUUACUGGAUUUUGCCCGUAGGUAUGUCGAGAAUGGUGGAAGUGCCCGAUUGUUCCUCUUUAACCAUCGCUCCAGCUUCAACCCCUGGCCUCGGUGGAUGGGUGUAAUGCAUGGGGAUGAGAUCCCAUUUGUUUUUGGGAUUCCUUUGAACCAGACCUUUGGAUUCUCUAAGGAGGAGGAAGCCCUGAGCAGGAGGAUCAUGGAGCACUGGAGCAACUUUGCUAGAAGUGGGGAUCCGAGCGUGGAGGGAGCAGAUUGGCCGCUGUUCACGCUGGAACAUCAGCAGUACGUCACGCUUAACACUGGCCUGUCACAAACACUCCAGAUGCUUCGAGCCCAGCAGUGCAAGUUCUGGGACAGUUUCCUGCCAAAACUGCAGUAUGUCACAGCGAGUAUUGAUGAAGUGGAGUUCCAGUGGAAGUCUCAGUUCCACCGCUGGCUUUCUUACAUGCUGGACUGGAAGAAUCAAUUUAACGACUAUGCCUCUGUCAGAAAGCAACAGUGUGAAAACCUUUAAUGUGUGACCACAUUUUAUCCUAAAAAAGCCCACGCAGUGCACUUUACUAUUUCACAAAGCUUCAGAAAGCCAAAGCCCAUACAAAUGGAUGGAGGAAAGCGCUUCUGUGGUUUCUGUAUCUUCACAACUUCGUGCCUUUUUGCUUCCUCUGGGCCUUGUCUGGCAAAGAAUUGCUAUUUUGAACUCAAAAAAGGGUCCUUCUUGAGGUACUUGGGUAAGUUUGUUUAAGUGAUGCAAGAACAUGUCCAAGUCACUCCAGUAUAUGUGUGUGUGUCAACAUUAUUUUAAUGACAAUUAAGCACUUUUCAACCCCAAGUGUAAUUGAUCAUUUUUUUUAAAGUAAUUAUACAUCAUGAUAGUAUUUGUUCUACUGCCUUUCAUUUAUGCUGGAUUUUAAUUAAAAGGUAAAUAAAAUAAAAAUAUUCUAUUACUGUAAUGAGAAUCUAAUGAGAAUCAUUUCGAAAAAUGUAAUUUACAAAACAAGCUCAACAGUAAAAGGAUGCAUUAUAUAUAUUUCACACAGAUGCUUUUUUUUUUUUUCCUUAAUGGCCAAGAAAAUGAACUUUUGUUCGAUUGGUUUGGUAAUGUGUGUGACUGUUGAGUGCUGCACUUUUAAACAGUACUGUUUAUGCAAUCUGAUUAUGUUUAAUGUGGAAUAUUUUUCAUGAUUUGCUUGAGGCUUGUUCCUUGUUUUGUUAUCAAAACAGUAAAUUUUAAUACUUUCCAUUCUAAUUAAUGUAGUUGAGUGAAUAUAUAGAAUUAAAUAUGAAUGAAAGUGGAAAUUCUGCAUUUUAUGAUGAAAUUCAGGACUAAUGGAGUAUUUUUAACACAGAGCUUCCUUCAAACAGUAAUAAACCAGAGUGUUUACACGGCACAUUGUUGGUGCUUUAGUACUUCUAUAAUGGAAAAGAAGCUGAAUAUUAUUGUUGCAGCAACAUGAUGCUAAUAUUACACGAUUGGUCACUGUAAUAACUGUCUGUGGCACAUUUUAUGUAACUCUUUCUUUCUUUUUUUUGAGACACUAAUCACUGAUGAUGAGAGCACUAUUGCUGUCACUGUCCAUUCUUUCCAAUUUGUUGGCUUUACAAAAUGUAAUAAACUUCUUACUG